AUGCCCGCGGGCGUGGCGGAACCCGCGGCGGUGGAGGAGGUGGGGGGGAUGCGCACGUGCUCCGCGGGUUACGGGGAGGGACAGGCGCAGGGAUGGUGCGCGCAAACGUCAGCGGAAGACGCGAAUGGCGCCGCGAGCCCGGGAUUGACGAGCGGAGAGCGGUUUGGGCUGCCUGAGACAUUACGGAACCGAUACGUGCUGCUCCGGCACGGGCGGAGCCUGGCCAAUGAGAGAGGACUGAUCGUCAGCAGCCUGGAGAACGGCGUGGCGGCGGAGUUUGGGCUGGCGGCGGAGGGCAGGCAGCAGGCGCAGCGCGCAGGGCGCCAGCUGAGCGAGCUGUUGGAGCAGCGCGGAGUGGCGGGGAGGGACGUGGUGGUGUUGGCGUCGCCCUUCAGCCGCACGCAGCAGACGGCCGCCCUCGCUGCCAAGGAGCUGGGCAUCCACGUGCUCGGCACGCGCUUCCAGACAGCAGAGGAGCUGAGGGAGCGCUACUUCGGGCGCCACCUGGAGCUCAACUCGCAUGACCUCGUAUGCGCCCUGCUGCCACGUCCUCUCUCUCCUUCUCUCCCUUGCUCACUGACGCGUGCACGCGCAUCACACGCUCACCAGCAGCCUGAUAUCUUUGCACUGUACUGCCGUCCUUUCUCUAACGCACCAGCAUUGCUCCUCUCAUGCAUUCUCCAGCUCUGUCCUCCGCUUUCUCCACCCGCUUCUCCCCUCUGCGUUGUGUGGCAGUACCCAGCAGUUUGGGUGGACGACAGGAAGGACGCCGCAUUCCGCCCGGGUGGCGACGGGGAGAGUGUGGUGGCCGUGGCGCAGAGAACGGCGCGCCUCAUUCGGCACAUUGAAGAGGAUCUGGACGGGUGGGUGGACCUGCAUGCACAGAAAAGCAUGCAUGCAUGGGGAGCACUAGCUAAUGAGGGGUUUCUUUGUGCAGGAGUCUGGCAGAUCGUUUUACUACACCUUAAGGGCGUUAAUAAGCUGUGUUGGGCACUAGCUAAUGAGGGGUUUCUCAUUGUGCAGGAAAGUGGUGGUGCUGGUGAGUCAUGGAGAUACUCUACAGAUCAUCAACUCUCUUCUCUACUCCUGUGA